GUUUAUCUUUAAAUGAGUGCAUAAUAAAAGAAACUAUUUUUGUUAAAAACAAAAGUAGGUGCAAUUUCUUAAUAAAAAUAAGUUGUUCCAUAAGCAAUUACAUCAAGGAAUAGUAAAUUAUAAAGAAACUCAACUCGACUACCAACUCUGGCUUCAAAUUAAUUAAUGUACUCUCCUGUAGUUCAUACAAAAUAAAAAACAGUUCUAAAUAUUUCAAUUGUUAAGCUUGAUGAUUUUCAUAAGAAUGUAGUUAAAUAUCACUCAAUUAAGUAAAUAUUUAUUUGAAGUUAAAUAGAUGUUCAGAUGGAUAAGACUAAAGGAGAUACAAAAUAAGAAAUUAAGAUUAUGCUUUAUGUAAAACUAAGAUAGGAGAUGGAAAUGGCAAACAUAUAUUUAUUUUAAAUGACGGUCAUGGCACAUCAGGUCUACCUAUAGCCAGAUUUGUGGGAAUGGAAUUAGAUAAGUCAUACUAAGAUAUAAUAACGAAAUUAGAUGCUACAAACAUGAAAGAUGAAAAAAUUCAUGAAGAAAUUAUUGAUCUAUAUAAAAAUACCGAUGAACUAUUGGUAUAAAUUUAUAUUAAUUUUAUUAGUCAUAAUAAAGCGACUUUAAUACUUUUUAAAGUGGAACUUCAAAUAUCUCAUUAUUGAUAGUUGGGGAUCAAUUAUUAUGUAUCAAUUGUGGUGACUCUAAAGCAUUAUUUUAUUAUAAAAAUGAUUUUUAAGAAUAGAUGAUACAUUUAUGGAGAAUGAAAAAUUUAUCUUAUGAGCAUAUUCCUUAAAGAGAGACAGAAUUAUUGAGAAUUAAAUCAAAUAAUGGUAGAAUUGAAUAAUAGAUGAUAAGAGGAAUGAAAUAAGGAAAUUUAUAGAUUUGGACAAAAAAUAAAUUAGAUUAAGGAUUACAUAUAACAAGAUGUUUUGGUAAUCAGCUUCAUAAAACAGUUGGUGUAACAGUAGAACCAGAGAUAAUUCAUUUUAAAUUUCCAAAAUCAGGUUAUUUAGUAAUAGGAACAAGUUCAUUGUGGAAUUAUUUAGAUAACAUGGAUAUUGGAUAGAUUUUGAAUAAAUAUAAUCCUCCAAAAUCAUAGAGUGAAAUAAUAAGAAUAGAAAAUGAAAUUCUUGCAAAUGCUCAUCAUUUUUGGGAUGGAGAUCAUGAUGGAAUAUAAGAUAUUUCUUUAAUGAUAAUCUUUAUUGAUUUAUAAUUAUGAAUAUAUGUUGAGAG